AAGCAUCGCUACUUGGACUCGGGUGUCCGCAUUUGCAGCGGCGGAAUCCAUCAACCUUCUUGUUGCCUGCCUGGACGCAGACAUCGUACCUUCGUUGUCGCCCUGUCGGCUUUGUUUUCGCGCUUCGUCCUUGAUUUCCGGGUAGAACAUGCGAUAGUCGUGCUGCCCUUCCCCUUGUCAACAGCUCCUUUGAGGUCAGCCGGUCACUGCAGGAGUCCCGAGACGAGCCUCGCUUUCGGUCGCCGAUCCGCAACCCCUCCACGCCAUUCGUCGCCCCCAGCCAGCAUUUGCCACGCCUGAACGCGUCCUUCGCCGACCCCCUCAGCAACCCAUUACUCUUUUUCGUGAUAUCCAGCCACUGCGUCGACUGAGUGAUGCUCAACAUGUCCGGCAGCCACAUCAUCGGAAAUCGCAACAGCACGCCCGAGGCGAACAGCGCCUCGUCGCUGCGUCCUCCUUCGUCACGGACCAUCGGCUCGGGCAGUUCGCUGCGCGCUUCUGCCGAUAUGGCUGCCCUCACCGGCUCCUCGCCUUCGAGCCGCAUUCGUCCGUCGUCUGACUUCUACGGCCAAUCUCAGCAGGGGCACGGCCAGGCCGGUCUCGAGAACGAUUCGCAGGACAAGAUUGCCCAGCAAUGGAUCGCCGACAUCGAUCAGUACGAGACCACGUUGGAGGAGAUGGCUGCUGCUACUCUGGACCAGGACUUCAAGGACGAGCUCAGUGCAAUUGAGCAGUGGUUUCGUGUCCUGAGCGAGGCCGAACGCACGGCUGCUCUCUAUGCUUUACUCCAACAAACGACCCAGGUCCAGAUUCGGUUCUUCAUACAGGUUCUCCAGCAGAUGGGCAAAAAUCACCCCAUGUCCGGGGUUCUCUCCCCCGCAAACUUCGACAAAGGUUCGUUCCGGUUUGACCGGCAGCUGGAUCCAAAGCAUUCUGCUGAUACUUCCUCAGACCCCAUGUCCAACCGUUUGAGCGAUGCCAUGAAUAAGUUGAACGUGGAAUCGGCGCGCAAUUCCUACUCGCGCAAUUCGACCAUGGCAUCAACGGCCAAACGCCACUCCGGCCUGGACCCUUCGACAAUCAAUGCCAUGUUUCCGGAUGCCGCUGCAGCUAUUGCAACUGAGAAGGCGAAGUUCACACAGCAGACCGGCAAUCCUCCCGCAUCCAAUCGUAACAGCGCCGCCAUUGAUCCUCGCUCGAGCAUCGUCGGCCCAAGCAUCUCAGCCUCCCAGGAGCCACGGGAGGCCGGCAUCGGCAACACUGCUUCGCUCUGGGGAUCCGGCUCUGGUGACCAAGGCGGCGCCAAUGCCAAAGCGUCAUCGACGCAAACACCUAUGGGCCAGUUCGUCCAGCCUCCGCCGUCUGGGGGUCUCCGGUCUCCUCGGCCGCAGAUGGGCGGCGGUUCCGCCAUACAGCAGACAACCUUGACAGCGCCCGACAAGAACCCCGCCGACCUGCCGCUACUGUCUCCGUAUAAUGCUGGGAGCGGCAACUGGGCUUCGAUGGUAAACACCCCCAUGGCGCCGACCUUUAAUGCCGGCGCUACUGGUGGAACUCAAGCCGACAUGGUCGCCAACGCGACUGCAAUGAAACUCGCCGCCUUAUCAACCGUCAACAACCGCUUCGCACUUGACGACGUCCGCAAGUACCGCCGCGCUCGCUCCAACGACGCGCCGGGGCACAGCCAGAUGUCUCCGCCAACACAGAGCAUUAAUCUUCCCGGCACUAAUGUAGUUAUGAUCAACGAGCACGGACAAGUGUUGAGUCGCGAACAGGUUUUGGCCAUGCAGGCGCAGCAAGGGCUCGGUAUGGGUGGCCAAAGGUCGCGCCCGAGCUCUCCGGGCAUCGCGAUGCAGUCUGGCCUCGGCUCGGUAGCGCACUUCACUUCGCCUCAGCACAACGGGUUUCUGAGCGCCUACGACGGCUCUUCAGGAAUGCUCAACAGCGGCAUGCCAUCGGUUAACCUUGGCCAACUGGGAUUACCUGGCCACGAGGGAUACUUGUCAGACCACUCUGACAUGGUUCGCGGGCGAUCUCCUAGGGGCCGUAGGGGCAGCUCCAAGCCGCCCGAGGAUCCGACUGAUCCAACAUUACUUCAGGACAUCCCGAGCUGGCUGCGCAGCCUGCGACUGCACAAGUAUACAGAUAAUUUGAAGGAUAUGAAAUGGACUGACCUUGUCGAGCUUGACGACAAGGCGCUUGAGGACCGCGGCGUCAACGCGCUUGGCGCCAGGCGCAAGAUGCUCAAGGUGUUUGAGCAGGUCAAAGAGGCAAAGGCAGAGGGCAAGCUAGGUUAGAGCAACACGUGCGGGUUGUCAUGCUCUCCAGGUCUGUGCUUUGUAGUAGUGGUCCUGUCUUUACAACACCUCACGCUCCUCUUGAGUGUUAACCUUGACGUGGCAAAUAUUGUCCUCCGAACAUAGCCGGAGGCAUCGAUCGUUGCCGAUGCCGUCUCAAGCAGGAUCAUUAGUUCAGCAAUUUCAAUGGAUAAACUGCCCGUCGUCAUUUGACGAUCCAGACUGGGUCUUGAUACAACUCCUCGAGAUGUGCUAGAAGCUCGAUGCCUCGUGAUUGCUG